GCUUCUUCCUCUGUUGUCUUUCAAUCCUAUCAGCUAAUGUCGCUAAGAACCAAACUUAUUUAAUGCAUCAGUACACGUUCUCAGGAUAUUUGUAACUCUUAGUAGCUCAUCGUGUAUAUUUUCCCAUACAGCCCACCAAAAAUUAUACUUGCCAAAUAGGAAUGAUUAAAAAAAAACAUGCACAAAUCACCCGUCUUUGAAAUAAGUAAGUGAUACAUCAUAAAAAUGAAGGGGAUGAUUUCUUGUGGCUGAUGAGGUGAAUUAAACAGAUGAAUGAUGGGGCCUUUAAAGGUCAAGAAGAGAAACGCAGACAGGAAAUACUAUACCCAAUUUAUCAAGUUGGUCCCUGCCCUUGGAUGGCUCAUGUUAUAAUGAGUAUCUACUUAGCUGUGAGGAUUGUGUUUAGUAUGUAAAGGUGUCCUCUUUACCUACUUAACAUUAGUGGAGUAUACAAAAGAACUGUGCUCCGGUGCUAGAGAACAGGUCUGCCUGUCACCAGGGGCCACACAGAAUGUAAACUGGCACAUAGAGGUUGUGUAAUUUUGGCCGUGUGUGAUACUGUACUAGCUUGUAAACUUUGCAAUUAAUCCUUUGCAUGGCAUUGGUGAUUAAUUACAGUGAAGCUGUUUGUGUCUCAUCCAUAAAGUGUAAUGUAAAGUGUCUCUGGAAACAUACUUUCUGAAAAGUUUUUAAGUAGUGAUUUUGCUGCAGAUCCACCCCAGUGUUUGGUUUAAUGUUCCCCAUGUAAUGUGUAGUAGUGAAACUCAUUGGGAUAUAAUUCCCAGAAUCCCCACUUUUUCUUAUUUUAUGACUCCAUAUAUAUGCCCAUAAAACUGGGAAAUUCUCCACCUGCAGUGAACCCGUGGCCCGCAUUAUCUGCUGUGAGCACAGCGGCCUGAAAAAUGUGCUGUUACGCAGCGUCCUGUUUUUCAUUAACUCUCUUCACUCCGUCUCACCCGGGAGGAGCCACUCGUACACAGGGGCAGCUGUACGGCUCUCGAAAGCAUCGUGUGUGUUUUUUUUCUUAUUGUGGGAGACACACAGGAGCACGCAAAACACGACUGCGGCCACAGCAACCCGAAAAGAUCGUUAGAAGUCGAAAGAUAAACAGCCACGCACCUGGGUCUCCAGUCUGUGAGGGGAAUGUGUGCAUUUAGUCUCUGUUCCUGGGGGCCUCUAUGAGUUUGGUUUGGGGUACGGGGUCACAGCCAAGAGAUGCUAUCCUAUUGCCAUUUAAUGGGUAAUUUGCUUCUUCUUGACUUAGUUUACAUUACAUAUAGUGCUGUUGCAUCAUUAAUGGCUGCCUCCCACACUGGCUGUUCAGCAUUUUCACGGCCCCUGAAACUCCAAAUAUUGGAAUGAAUUGAUGAAUGCCACAGUUUCUGUUUGAUAUUUUAGUAGUUGCAUGCCUUUAUAGUAUUUAGUGUACUUGUGAUUUUUGUGAUUGGUAUUAAAAAGAAUUUAGCCUGUGUGCUGUUCUGGCCAUAAGAGACCUUUACUUUGACAUUCAGUGAUGUUCAGUCCUCUUUCUUGUAGAGAAAGUACAUCCAGUAUUGUUGUUUUCAUCAUGCCUCCUACCUCCUUUCUAUGGCCUGACCCUCUUUGCUUCUUGUGACCAUUAGAUUAUUUUAGGUGGAAAGAUGUUCAGAACAUUGUGUUCAAAAAUAAAAGCCCAUGAAUUGUAGAAUGCGACUCUGUUCAAGAGACAUGCAGUAGUGACUUUAGCUGAUGGGUAAUGGAGAUGAAACGAGGCACGUAGCUAUGCUGCAUUCUCCCCUCCCUGGUACUUUGUUGGUUUUCGCUGUUCUUUAGACUGCUGUAGAUUGCAGAGUAAAAUUGGGGGGGCGGUUGUUACAUUUGAAAUGGUUAUUUUAGCUUUGUGCAUUAUGUGUUGCUCCCACCACCCACUUUCACUAGUGGAAAGCCUUUGAAAAUGUUUUUUUUUCUUUGUAUGCUGGCCAGGUCAAGGAAUUUUGCUCUUGUCUUCUCUAGAGAUUUCUGUAAACUAUUUAAAAAAGUGUCCUUGGCAUUUGGAGCUGAUCUGACUUGACUGCGAGUGGGAAAAUGUCACAGCGGUGUCCCCUCCAGCCAUUUGCCUCGCCUCUCCCGGUGAGCGUGUGCUGCCUUUGGGUUCGGGCAGGUGUGAGGCGGGAUGCCAGUGGUGCCGAGUGGCGUCCGUGUCGCGGCCUAUGAGCAGGCGGUGGUGGACACCUUGGAGCUCCUCUGCAUCUCCUCUGAGCAGACCUAUGAGGGCUUUCUGAGCUCCUUCACUCACCUCCCAGCAGGAGGCGCUGCAGAUGGACAGCUGGAUUUGGCAUCAGGAUUGAGCCUCUGUCAGACAGCUAGUGGGAUGCAAAAUGGGGUGAAGACGGACAUGGAGGAAGGAGAAUGGCUGGGUGAUAAGUGUCUACAUGAGAUUGUGCUGGACAAAGGCGUGACAGUGGGUGGGUUCGUGACUGGAGAGCGCCCCCCCGGUGGGGUGAAGUUUGACAACUACCUGGAUGUCUCAGACUUCAGCCAUGAAGAGGAAGAUCUCAGUUUGAAUUCAGAUCAGAUGGCACUGCCUGGUGAAGCAGAAGAGGGCCUCCCUUGCACAGCCUCCGUCUGCCACCACACCAUGCUGGAGUUUCACACGGUGACCCUGAACCAAGAUCAGGGCCAAAGCUCAACUCCUGGAAGCCAAGAGGCGCCAGAGGAAGUUCAGCCCUUUACUUUGGAUGAGAACUUUGACUAUGACCAUGCUAUUCUGUCACAGAAGCAUCCAGUGCUCUGAAGCACCUGCUGGCCACACUGAUGGGGGGGGUUAGGGGAGUGACCCAAUGUGCAGCCAUGAGUAGCUCCUCUCUAACGAGGCAGAAUGGGCCACCGUCUCUCUUGCUGUACUUGGGUCUCUGCAAAGUCUGCUGCUGCUGCUGGCAGGUCUCCCAGAUCAGAAAGAUCGACAGCUUGGCUGCCAAGCAGACGGCAGUGCAGUGUGCAGAGAUUGAUUUGUGUCUGUUUUGGGUGACAUCACUUAGAUGCCCGUAAUGGACCCUGUAAUAGAGCUUUCGGUGCAUCUCACCCUUCUUCAGUGCACCACUGUAUAUGCAGUUGGAGUCGUGCGAAACGGUAAUGUGUGCAAAUACAGUCUGCAAUGUGGAGUGGUGAAUUUAAAAAUGUACACUUGCGUUUCCCUAACCUCACAGGGCUGCAGUUCAUUACAUUUCGUGAGAUGCUGUGGGAGGGAGGCUUAGUGGCUCAGUGGGUAGCACUAUUGCCUCAUAGUCUUUAGGGCUGGGAGUUCAAAUCCUACCCUUAUAACAGCCCCCCCCCCCCAUGACACUGACCAGGAUAACCCUUCAGAGGAUGGAUGGAGAGAUGGAGGGGCAGUGUUUUGACUGGUGCUGUAUGAUAUUUAGCAGGUACUUUUUCCCCAAUUCUUUAUAAUAAGUUCAAAAGUUUCUUGGCCAUAUUUAAGAUUUUGCACGAUUUUUGAGAGCUGUUAUUUCUUGGUUUGAUCCAGGUGCAGCUUGUAGGCCAGUGAGCAUUCUGUUUGUGUGUAAGUGUGUUUGAGGGAGUGCGACAUGCAGGCCUUUGGACAAAGUACUUGGCAAAAUGACAUUUCCUCAUACUUUUUUAAAGCAGAUGGGAAACUGCAAAUAAUAUUUCAGCUUAAGUAUUUUUAUGCUCGUUCCUGACGCCUUUAAAUCCGGAGGUGGCUGCUUUGGAGAGUGGAGCAAGGCAGUAAUGGACAAAGCCUUUUCUGAGCUAUAGGGUGAUAUUUUUUCUGGGUUUAAUAUUAAAGUUUUAAAGCAAAAAAAAAAAUGAAGUCAGUCGUUUUCUUCUUUUACAGCACACAUUCUCACACCACUCUGAGCAAAGCUUCCGUUAUGCAGAUUGGUGCUUCA